AACUGUGUUUGUAGAAGACUUAUUCGAUAAUGUUUUUUAAAGUUAUUCACUGCGUUGCUAAAUUUAGAGGCCUAACAAUUUUUUUUUGUUCCAGGUGAAGAUCUGGUUCCAGAACCGGCGUAGCAAAUAUAAGAAAAUGCUGAAGGCCGUACAGACACCUGGAGGAGGCAAUGCUGGCGGUGGAGAGGGCGGUACAAAUGGAGGGGCCGGUGGCAACCCCCACGGAGGCUUAUCUGGAGCUGGGGGAGCAGCGCUGCCGGCGGCGAGCCCCGGACCACAGGGCCAGAUGAUGCAAGGCGGUGGAUCAUCAAGUGGUAGCCCCGCAACGGGAGGCGGUUACAUGCAGCACUCCUCCCCCACCCCGUCGUCUACCCCCGGCUCGGAUAUGUCCGGAGGCGGCAACGGAGGCGGUCCCCAUCAACAGGGGGCGGGCAGUCCGGUGGGCGGCAACCAGCACCAACUAUGGGACAUGAAGCCUUUGCAGCAAUCGCUGCACGGGGGCGGCGGGGGCCCACACCAGCAACCGCCUUCGCAUCCCCCACCGCAUCCGCACCCGCAUCCGCAUCCGCCGCCCCCGCACAACUACCUGCCCCAGUACUCGUGGUAUCCCACGGAUAAUCCAGGACUGCUGACGGUUUGGCCAGCAGUUUAAUAGUAAAAAGUGAUUAGUUACUAAUUUAGGUUUUUUAAAACUUUUAAUAACAAAGAAUAAACUGUGACCAGUUAAUAUUUGUGUAUAUGUUGAAUUUGUCUAUUUUCAUUGUUAUAAGUUAUGUUAGAUAUGUUCAAAAAUGUCCCCCUGUAUAAAAUAUUGGUCUUACAUAGAUCUCAGACAUAAGUAAAAUUUUCUUCUUCCUCUGAACGAUUUGUACAGACUUCUUUAUGAGGACAUGGUGAUCCCAAAGUAGCUAAAUUCAAACCACUAGUUGCACCUAGCGGUCUUAGGGUAUUAAAGCUCAGACAUGAAGACUAAAGAGGGUAAACUCAUAGCGUGGGGUGGAGCCAAAAGUGUCAAGAAUGAUAUUUCGUCAAAAGUACAUUUCAGAUUCUGCGCACGUGACAUAGCUCUCAUGUCUGCAUCCUUCUCCCUUUCUCUCAGUUUAACCUUAUGUAUCUAGUCUUCAUGGAUUCAAAAUAAUACCUGAGAUAGCAAAUUAAAUAAUAUGAAAAUUGUUUUUCCUUACAGGUUUACUUAAAUUGUUCAAAGGUGUAGGCGUAUUCAGUAUUCAAUACACGAUAUUGUGCAAAAAUUAUAUUAUUUUAUGUUGUUGAAAUUGGUACAUAAAAUGUAAUCAUGAAUUGAGGAUUACCGUAUGCAGGGUGAUAAAAAAAUACAGUCACAUAUAGUAUGUUUAAGGCCUUACCUUUAUCCACUGCGCGGAUGUAGUUUUUUCUAAUGUUAUAAUUUCAACUACCUGUAUUUCGACAAGGGAGCAUUUCGGAGCCAAGUUUUGUAAAAACCCUUCGUGUCAUUUUUGGACGUACCAUCUGCCACUGUUUCUUAAUCACCUUGUAUAUAUGUUGUAAAUAUAUUAUGAAGAUGAGAAAGGAAAUUUUAUUGAAACUCUUGGUGGAAAAAUGGUGCAAUAUACAUCACUCAUGCUUUCAUAUUUUAGAUUUUGUGUUAUUUCGCAAAAUAGUAAGGUGGUCAUCAAUAUUGAUCACAAAGUUCUUAGAACACUAAAGGAUGAAUGAAUAAAUGUUUUUUUACAAGAGAGCUUUGACACUGCACAUACCUCAUUGCGACCAGCCAUUUUAGAUACAACAACAUCUUUCUGAAACUAAAACCAGGAAUCUACUUGAUACUUGGAUACCUACUAAAGAAUUGUUGAAUGUUCCGUUACAGAAGGUUAAUUAAUGUUUCCUUAUACUGCGUUGUAUAUUCUACUUCACUUUUCAAAAUGUUUCAUACACCUUGUGGAAAUAAUAUGUGAUUCAUUUUUUGAAUUGGAAAGAAAAUCUUUAUAUCCUACAGAGGAUACAAGUUAAACAUAUAUGUAUAGGAUAUCAGAGAAAAUAUUUAGGAUAUAAAAAUUAGAUUCGAAAAAUACUAUACAUCUCAGAAAACAUUAUUAAAAAUACAUUUUUUCAGAAUUGAUGUUCUGAAGUUUUUUGACAUAUCUGAGAAACAAAUUAUUUCUUUAAAAUUGCUCUUCGAAAAUAUGUAACCAGAAUAGUUAUCUGAAAUGGCUGACAUAACCAACCUUACUAUUUCAACAAUGUGAUGAUUUUAUAAAAGUAUUCCAAUCCGGCUUGUACCUAGUUUUAUUGAGACUCUAUGUCGAUAACGAUACAAAUCUGAAAAGUGGACAUUCCAUUACCUGAAGGUAGGUUUAUCUUAACAAUCUUAUUUUUUCGAUAGAUAUACUUAUGAGUUUAAGCCCACCUUUUUUACAAGUUUCCAUUUAACUUGACCUAUUUUCUUGUAUGUCAGUAUGUAUGUAUGUUAGUAUGUGUGGGACAAAUCUUGAAACUGAAAUUUGAAUCAGUUAUCCUUAACCAAUUGAGCUGAAAUUUUGUACAUAACGUUGUUUGGAUUGUGUGACAUUACAAAAUUAAUCAACUGCGCAAUUUUUAAUCCAAUGUAGCGGAUGCUACAAAAUGGCGAUUCAUAAUUUUCAUAUGAUAUAGAUAUCAAACGAAAGAGCUUGAUGAGAGAUAGACAACAAGCAAAGGGACGUCAUUCUAAAUCCAAUCUGGCGGCCGCCUCGUAAUGGCGGUUUACAUAUUUUAAAGUCACCCCAACGACACGGGUAUCAAAUAUCGUUAUUUUAAAUUCCAUAUGGCGGUCGUGACAAAAUAACGAUUUAUCAUCAUAAUAUUAUAUCUGUCGAAAUUUUACGAUAAAAAUUAAGUGAGAACUUUUAUGCAGUCCUAGUAAUAAAACAAAUGAAAGUUAUAUAGAAAUUACCAAACUAGUUAUUUGACAUAAAUAGUGAAAAAGGUAAAAAAUAAGUCAGAUAAAAAAUAGAUUCCAAAAAACAAGCUUUUAUUUAUAAAAUGAAGUAAAAAUUCAAAAAUAUUUUUUUCUGAUUGAAAAUAUUUAAACGAUAAUGAAGCUGUUUCAUCUGAAGUUUUCAAAUAUAAGCAUGUUACGUUUUGACAGCAGGUUAUGGAAAACGGCGUCAAGUAGGUUGACUCUGCACUGCCCACGCGACGCUGUCAGCAGUUCAUGAUCUUAGUAGAAACAAGUAUAACAAUUUCUUUUAUUUUAUAUAUUUAACGGCAGACAAUAUCCUGAAACUGAUUAUAACCCUAAGAACAUAGAAAAAGUAACUACAGUUUCUGUCUAGAGGGUACAAGGCAUUUCAAGCAAAAGAUUAAUUCAAAUUUGAUGCUGGCUUUGAGAGAAAAUAUAAUGCUGAAUAGUUUUUUAACCCACAUGGUCUCGAGGUGUUUCAACCUUCCUGAAAAUAAUACUAGACCAAAGCGAUUGUCUGUAUUUUGCAUCUGUAAUGAUGUAAUAGGGAUAAUAUAACUUGAGAUACAGGCUUAUCGUAUCAAUGUUAAGAUAAUCCUACCUUUCAGUGAUUUUUCUGUUGCAUUCCAAUAAGUGGCUGUUUUAUUUUUAUAACACCAAUAUAUUUAAUUGAAUAUUGGCUUCAGAACGACUUCUCAAGAAAUAAAACAUACUUUAGAAAGAUUUUAUAGUUGAGUAUUCAAUUUUUAUAGUCACUUUUAUAUUUAGUUAGAUGUAUUUAAUUGCUUUAAAGGCUAUAAAAAUGCACGUGGUACAAUAGAAAAUAAAAAAUAUUACGUAAGAUUUUUCUUGAAUGAUUGUGGUCAUAUUCGUUGAGAAAACACCAUUCUAUAGAAGCGUAUGGUCUGUCUAAAUUUUAAUCAUUUCCUGAAAAGCUUUCAUAAAAAUAUGAGAUACACGACCGUAAAGCAAUAUCUCAAUGAUCCAUGUAUGAAGGGAUCAUGAGUUAUAAUCGGGCUUUUCGACACUGAGAAUAAUUUGAAUGUCAAGUUGAUCGCAUUUAAACAAUUGCGUUUAAAUAUUUUUGAACAUAUGAUUUGGUCUUUUAUCAACAUUUUUCAUUUUGUUUUAGUGCUUGAUUACUUUUUAAAAGAAUAAAGUUCGCAAUUUUAGCAUUUUUUUCUAUGAAUCGCCAUUUCCGAAUAUUUAACAUAAGUAUUUUUAUAUGAUCCUAUGGCCGCAAUACAUAUCUCUUCAAAUCUAUAACAAAAAACAUUCAGUUACAGAACAUAUAUAAAUAUGAAUUCUAAUGAGACUUCAACCUUUGUUUUUAAUGUGAGUAUACUGGAGCAACGCUUUUAUUUUUAUAUAAUUUGUUCUGUAUGUUAGUGUUCAUAAACGCUUAUCUUUCUGCAGAGAGCUACUAUGGAAACAUGUUUCUAUUUUAUCCCUACUGACGGCACUACUAAAUGUGGUAACUUCUCACAACAUUUAGGUGUUUAGGGGAAAGUAUUUUAAAACACGUACAUUUAUAGCCUACCUCCUUUUGAGUACUGUUUUGAUCGUCGCCAUGUUUCAUAUAUUUUUAUGGAAGUACUGAAGCCAGUAUUCUUGUAAUAAUCCAUACCCAUAUCUUUGGUGAACCACUGGUGAAAGGAGGGAAUGUUUUUUGUACAUAAAGAGCUUUUAAGUUUGCCACGUUGGCAGCAGAGCGCUUAGUGAUUCCUGUAUUAUAUUACUAUAAAUAAAGAUAAAUAGUUGUGGAUUGUCAGGUGUGAGCGUGCGAGACAGACAGAUAUGAUGUACCUUAUGUAAAGUAGCUCUAAUAGAUGAAGAUGCUGUCUUAAAUUGUAGAAUGAGAGUUAUUAUUACUUGAAAAUAUAUUUCUAAAUGUGUAAAAUAUAUACAGAUAACAAACCUUU